UGUAUGCUGUAGAGAGAGAAAGAGGAUCCGAUAUGCCAUCCCCGUCCACGCGUUUGUCUGUCCUCCCUCCUCCUUCCUCCCAAACUCCCCUCCUAUAAAUAUCCCUUCUCCACCACCAUUCACACUUAGCAGACGCAGGCUCAAAAUUCCAUUCGCCUGCUCUGCUUCUUCUUCUCUUCCGCCAAUUCCCAAUUCCAAAUUCAGUCGAAAUAAUUAAAUACCAACAAAUGCGGCCUCUAAUGGAGGAGGGCAUGUUCCCGUCCACUCCCGGUAAGUUCAAAAUGGAACGCGGCCACCAUAUCCACCGGCUGUACCACCGCUGCUUCGCCUGCUCAACCACCUUCUUCAUCUGGAUCUUCUUCCUCCUCCUCACCGCCUCCUAUUUCUCCUUCCAACCCCUCUCCUCCUCCCCCACCUCCUGGUCCGACCUCCACUGGCAACUCCAGGUGCGCUCCUCCGCCACCCCCCGCCGCCCAUCCGGCCUCACCGUCCUCGUCACCGGAGCCGCCGGCUUCAUCGGCUCCCACUGCUCCCUCGCCCUCCGCAAACGCGGUGAUGGCGUCGUCGGCCUAGACAAUUUCAACUCAUACUACGAUCCCUCCCUCAAGAAAGCUCGCCAAUCCCUACUUUCCAAGCACUCCAUCUUCAUCAUCGACGGCGAUAUCACCGACCACCUCCUCCUCUCCAAUCUCUUCCGCAUGAUCUCCUUCUCCCACAUACUCCACCUCGCCGCUCAGGCUGGCGUUCGUUACGCCAUUCAAAACCCCUCUUCCUACAUCCACUCCAACAUCGCCGGUCUCGUCUCCCUCCUCGAAUCAAUCAAAUCCGCCAACCCCCAACCCUCCUUCAUCUGGGCUUCUUCCUCCUCCGUCUAUGGUCUCAACCACAACAUCCCCUUCUCCGAAUCCCACUCCACCGAUCGCCCCGCCUCCCUCUACGCCGCCACGAAGAAAGCCGGCGAGGAAAUCACCCACGCUUACAACCACAUCUACGGCAUCUCCAUCACCGCCCUUCGGUUCUUUACAGUCUACGGCCCCUGGGGCCGCCCUGACAUGGCUUACUUCUUCUUCACCAAAUCCAUCCUCGCCGGCAAACCCAUUACCAUCUACCGAGGCCCCGAUGGCGUCAAUCUCGCACGCGAUUUCACCUACAUCGACGACAUUGUGCGCGGCUGCAUCUCCUCCCUCGAUACCGCCGGAAAAUCUACCGGAACCGGCGGAAAGAAGCGCGGUCCGGCGACAUACCGGAUCAUCAACCUCGGCAACACGUCGCCGGUGACGGUGCCGACCUUAGUAUCGAUUCUUGAACGAAACCUCAAUGUGAAGGCGAAGAAGAACGUAAUCGAGAUGCCGGCAAAUGGCGACGUGCCCUUUACCCACGCGAACAUCACGGUCGCCAUGGUCGAGCUAGGUUACAGGCCGAGCACGAAUCUUGAGGCGGGAAUCAAGAAGUUUGUCAAGUGGUAUCUCUCUUAUUACGGCCGUAACCCUAGAGGAAUAUUGUAGACCAAUCUGUAAAUUUGUUUUUUUUUUAAUUUAUUAAUCAAAUCUUUUUAAUUCA